GUUAAAACAGAAGAUAUCCUUGUCACACACUGCUCCAUGCAAUUGUUAAAUACAGCUUUUAUAACCAGGUUCAUAAAACAGGUUUUGCUGACGUAGAGGACGGUAAGAGUGCACAAAGCUUAGCACAAUAUUCAAAAGAUAACACCAUUUUUGUGUGAGAACAUGCUUGCUAUUUGACCAGAUUGUUCUUUCUGUGACUCAUAAACCACAAAAAAGGCUACAUAAAUUACUCUUUUUUACACAUAUGUUAAGAUACUGGAAAGAGACUAGAAUUUUUAAUUCUGUUUAAUUCUUCAUUUACAGUGUUGGAACUGCAUGACAUUUUCCUAAAUACCCUUUUUCAUGAAUUAUUCACAGAAUAUACACAGUGUAUAUGCACUGGAUAUACUUGUUUUUUAAUGUAGCUGUUGAUUACUGUUUCCAUUAUCAACAUAUGAAAACAUGCUACAUCAGGACAUAUAACCAGGAAAGUAGGGAGCCAGUGAUCACUCGCUCAGCUACACUAACAUUCUUUGUCCACUGCUCAUUCCUACACAAAUACAUGGGGUGUUCUUGUACUACUCUGCAAUGAAUACACCACAUACUCCACUGCUUUAAGAAUAACUAAUUUUGGAAAAAUAUUAAACUUCUUUAUGCUGCUUAGAAAUGUGGUUAAGCUACAAUUUAGUAACUCAGUUUCUCACUAGGUGUAUAUUCAAAUUUCCUAGAAGUGAAGCUUUUACACUGCCGUAUUUAACUCUUAAGUGGAUACCAUGGAUAGUUAGUGACCCAUGACCUCAUCUCCCUCCUUUGCUCCCCCUCACCUUUUUCUGUUACUGUCAGUUAGGCCCCCACCUCUCAAGUAUUCCUCCUUUUAGUUUUUUACAAUUUUCCAAUACCAGUCUAGAAUUAGACAAUUUAUUUUCACUUUCUGUUAGAUAAAUACAGGACAAAAUGAUGAUGUACAAUUAGUCAUGAGCAUCUUUGCACAGUGUGUAACUCACUGUGUUUUAAAUAGCCUAGUGCCUGACGAUAUACCUGUGCACAACUUGUUCUGUUCUGUUCUGGUAUAUAUGCAACAAACAAAAUACAAAAAUAGAACAAUAUAUACUGUAUUUUAUUGUAUUGUGUUAUUUUGUUUUUGUCAACAUCUGGCACAUACUGUAUGUCUGAAACUCCCUGUUCGUCAACUUUACUGCGUAUUAUUAAAGAAAUUGUUCAACCUUUUUAGUAACGGCUUUGCUAAAAUGUAAAGCAAACUGUUAGUAUAUAAGCAAAACAGAUUAAUGCUUUGAUCAUGUAAAUCUUAAUAUACUGAGUUUUACUGCGUAAGACCGACAGUAUCUCAUCUUUUACUAAUAAAUGAUUAUGGCUGUAAAAUGACGUUAAUUAUUAGACCUUAUGAAAUAACAGCUGGCUGUAGCAGAUUUCAUGGAAGGAAAAAAAAACUUGUGAGGUCCUAUAUCACUCAUAUAAUUGAGUACACAUUCAGCUAAUGUAUGUAUCAUACUGCCAUAACAGGUUGUAAAGAUUACAGAGAAGAAUGACAUCAUGUCCAAGCUCUACUACUAUUAUUAAAAUUGAAGGCCCCUGACUAAGAAACAGCUCUGUUACUUUGAGCCGCACUUUGAAUAUGAGCAUAGCAACAAGCACCAGCAGGCCUUUAGCAUGGUCUAGCGGUGUGUGUGGUGAGUGCAGCUGAUUUGAGGACGAGGCAAUGGUUUUAUGAAUGCUGCACUAUGGGCAAUCUGCAGAUAAGUAGACAGUAGGAUUAGGUUAGAUAAGGGGGGAUCAAUAUAAAAGCAGAAUCCUCACAGAAUGAACAGGAGUCUGGCUGCCAGGGUAAUCAGCUUGUCCAGAGACAUGAUGUUUGCUCCUGUGUUAGUGGCUGGUAUUCUAGGCCUUCUUGUUGGAACGGCUGUACCUAUGUGUGUCCCGACAGAAUACACUCUGUAUGUUGAGAAGCAAGAGUGUGACUACUGUGUGGCCAUCAACACCACAAUAUGCAUGGGCUUCUGUUUUUCGAGGGACAGUAACAUGAAAGAAUUGGUGGGACCUCGCUUUCUAAUCCAGAGGAGCUGUACGUAUCAAGAUGUGGAGUAUCGUACAGCAGAUUUGCCUGGCUGUUCCCCCCAUGCUGAUUCUCACUUCACCUACCCAAUCGCUCUCAGCUGUCACUGCAGCAUGUGUAACACACAAAGUGAUGAGUGUGCCCACAAAACCAGAUUCAGUGCAGCCAAGUGCUCCAAACCAGUCCAACAUUUGUAUCCCUAUCCUGUGCAGAGUGACUACAUCUAACCCAGCUUCAGUUAUACUGUUGAUAAAAGCUAUAUUUCAGAGUCAGAUUGGACACUUGAAGACUUUGUUUUGACUUGAUCUGUACAUAUAAUAAAAACUAUACAUGUAAUAAAAACAUGUCUGCAGCCAGCAGUGGAACAGCUGUUUUGUUUGCUCAGCUGCUGAAAUUUUAUGAGCAGUAGUAUUGCAUGACUGAUAGUUUGUUAUGGCCACCAAUCUGGUCAUCCUGAAGACCUUAAUGAGUGUUUGCUUACUAGCAUUAAGGCCCGGAAGCUACUGUAAGGGAUGUGUCAUUGCCUUCAUCAUUCUUUCUUGUAUACAUGUUAUUGUCUUUUGGUAGAGCAGAACGAUAAGACAAUGAAUCAGUUAAAGGGAACCAGGUCAAGGCUGAAAAUAGUGCCUGCUACUCUAAAUCUAAAUCAAACUGGUAACACUGUGAAAUCACUCUAAGUAAAGAGAAACAAGUUUCAAGCUGCCACAGUAUGACCAAGAAUGUGACCAAGAAAUGUGACUAUUAGUACUAUACUAUUGUACACCGAGCCCUGAUCUCAACCUCACUGAACACCUUUGGGGUGAACUGGAACACCAACUGCACCCCAGACCUUCUUAUCCGACAUCAAUGCCUGAUCUCACUAAUGCUCUCGUGGCUGAAUGGGCAGGUGUUCAGUGGGGUUGAGGUCAGGACUCUGUGCAGGCGUCCUUGAAUUCUUUCACACCACCCUUGGUGAACCAUGUCUUCAUGGAGCUCGCUUUGUGUACCGGGGCAUUGUCAUGCUGGAACAGGUUUGGGCGUCUUAGUUCCAGUAAAGGGAAACUGUAACGCUACAGGAUACAAAGACAUCCUGUACAGUUGUGUGCUUCAAAACAGGUUAGUCUACAAAGUUCUGGCCAUAUAGUGUAGUAUAUCCAGGGCUAUAUACCUAACUUUUUUUUGGAUUGAACUAGUGUUUUUAUGAUUCUUUACUGAGGUUGCCACACACACACACACACACACACACACAAAAAAAACCUUUUUUUUUUAAGCAAAUUGUGCAAUGCAGUUGGUAGAUAAAUAUUUGAUGUACUUCCACUAAAAAUCAAGUUCAAGUCAAACUUCACCAAACAUAACAAAUAAUAGUAAAUUCAUUUAAUUACUUUCAUAAUAGAAAACUGAAUAAAACCGUUUAAAAUAGUAUUGUGGCAAAUAAAGCUCUUUGCUGUAGGUUUCAUGUGUUUAUCACUUCAGGCGAAUAAGCAGUCAAAAGCAGUUCCUAAAUAAAAGCGGAUGUUUUUGUUGCUUAGUAAAUUUGGUCAUAUUAAAUUAAUAUACUUUAUCAUGUUUACAGAAAUGUCAGUGAGUGUGUGAGAUUAAAGGGCAUGAACAAGUGCCCUCCAAAUGGGCCCCUAUGGAGGGUCUUCGGGGGAAAAUAGGGCAUAGUCAUGAUGAUCACGCUAGAAUGGACCGCAAAAAAACAGAAAAUAAUAACAGGGUUUAAACUGCCAUUUUGAAUUUUUGAGUUUGCCCAAACGUGAGCGCUAUCAACUCUGAACACACAGAGGUCUCGCCUCGACUUCUCCCGAAACGCAUAAACGCGGCAUAAAGAAAACUCCUGUGACCUAGUUACAGAUCACGUGCUACAGGUCACGUGCAGCUAGAACUGGGGAGGCGUUGCCGUCAUUCUCUGUCACUGAUUGGUGGGCUUGUCUCGAUGAGCCCUGCCCCCAUCAAUUACA